CGAGGUAGCACAGCCUGGUGCAUUUUUUUUGUUGGAAAAAUGGGAGUGCUGGUCUCGGAUAGGAGCUGUGUGACUGGAAUCACUAUGGGGUGCCCAGAUAACACACCAUGCUCUGACCCAUGCUCCAGCUCACCAGAUUUCAGGAUUAUUUAAAAUUUUAGAAUGUUACUUAAAUAGGGAAAAUUGUGUGGAAUUAAAAAGGUGGGAUUUAUAAGACAUUAUCAGUGGAAUCAACGCAGUUUCUAGGGUAUGGACACCGGGCAAAACACCUGCUGCAGCCACUUUCCAGUCAGUGAGAGCAGUGGGGCAUUUGGUCGCUUCCUUGCUGACAGAUACACUGAUAAUGGCGCGGAGGGAGACACAGUUACUGUGGAUAUUGUGCAGCAAAUCUAAGUGCCGUGGUGGAAGUAAGCAGGCCAACAACACGGGGAUCUAAUGUUGGAGAAGCAGCAUUGGAGAAAAGUUUGGAGCAGAGCGCUUGCUGUAGAGCACGGUCAGUACUGGGAGCCCAGGGAGACUGUGUCCUUGCUCAGUGGAGAGAGGGCAGGGGGGCUGUUCCCACUGCAGCCUCUGUCUCCCUGUGUCCUUCUGCGGAAAUGACACACACGGAGUCCCGUCACGUCACGCGAGAGCGCACGGACACGCAGCACACAAAGACAUAGAGGCUUUUCGUGGGGGGGAGAGGGAAAAAAACACGGCCCGGUGCUCAAGAUGAAGCCGGCAGCGGAAGGCUAUUAGUGGCGCGGCCGCCGCUCGGAAACUUUGCAGCAGCAGUAGUGGAGAUCGAGGACUGGGAUCCCGACUUUCUCUCGGGGAGCUAUGAAAAUGAACCCAACUGAAUUCCGAGAAGAUAAUAAUAAUGAUGCGGAUGAUACAAAAGUUAAAAAUAGUGCCCGUUACCUCAGAUCUGCUGGCCUCUUAUGAACUUCAUGACAAGACAAACCAUGGUAGACCUUCAAACCUACGUGUUUUCAGUGACCUGCGUCUCUCUACAUCAUACUAAAAAUUAAUUUAAAGUCACUGUUGUGAAAGUGGAGACAUACCGUGAAGAUGAUUUGCUGGAUUGUUCAUCUGCUGUAUCUGGAAGAAAGCAUUUGUCCAAUUGCACAUUUAUUGGACAGCCUGAGCCCAACAAACGAAAACAAUCCUCUCUUAUUUAUGAUGGUCACAUGAGUGAGCCUGAAACUAUAACAACUGUCAAAAAAAGACGACUUAUUCCAGAGAGUCUUCUUUUUACCACGAGAAACAAAGACUGUGGUUUGGCAUCUCAGGCUAAUGCAGACUUGUCAAGUACAAAUUCAGAUUAUAGUACUACUUCUCAGUGUGAAGGGGAGGAAACUGUAAGUGAAUUCACUUCAUCAUACAAGAAGCCUUUAUAUGGAAUUUCACAUAAAAUAACAGAGAAAAAGAAUCCAGUUACCUCAGAUCUGCUGGCCUCUUAUGAACUUUAUGACAAGACAAACCAUGGUAGUCCUUCAAACCUACGUGUUUUCAGUGACCUGCGUAAGCGCGACUCUUCUCCAGCUGUAAUGACAUCAUCAGCCAGUGAGGAAUCAAACAUUUACUCUCUAAUACAAAAAAUGUUUUUUACCCUGAACACUCUAAAUUCUAACAUGUCCCAGCUUCAUAGCAAAGUCGACCUUUUGUCACUGGAGGUGAGUCGAAUAAAGAAAAAAGUCAGUCCCCAAGAGUUAGUGGCAGAGUUUCAGCCACCCCCAGAGUACCAGCUAACUAGCACAGAGCUGAAGCAGGUGAUGGAUCAAAGUAGCUCUGCUGGUGAUCUGGCAUGCCGGUUAUUGGUUCAGCUUUUUCCAGAGCUUUUUGGAAGUGACGGUUAUUCCAGGAACUGCAGCACCUGUGGCUGUGUUAACAAGACUAAACUUGAAUCUCUUCACUUGCAGCUUAUCCGAAAUUACGUUGAAGUCUGCUAUCCUACUGUUAAAAAUACAGGUAUCUGGCAGGUGGAAUGUUUGCCUCAGCUCAAUGACUUUUUCAAUCAGUUCUGGGCUCAGAGAGAAAUGGAAGACAGCCGGCAGAAUAUGCAGUCCUCUGGUUUCUUUGACACCCAAUCUGAUCCAAGUUCUCACUUUAUUGAAAGUAAAGAACAAGAGGAAAUUUCUUCUGUCGACAGAACUGAUUCUAUUAUCUCAGAAUAUGCGCUAAAUCCACAGGAUCUCAAUGAGCUUUUAGAUGAAGCCUCUUCCCCUGGUGAAUUUGCUGUGUUUUUGCUUCACCGGCUGUUCUCUGAAAUUUUUGACCAAAGAAAGCUUGCUGAUCAUUGUACCAGAGAACUGGAGAAUUUUGUUUUAGAUCCCCAUCGCUUGCAACUUAUUCGCCGGUAUACAGAAAUUUACUUUCCAGAUGUGCAAGAGGAAGAAGUUUGGUUGCAGCAAUGUGUACAAAGGAUUAAUGAUGAGUUGGAAAGUGUGUUGAUAGAUGGCAGUGAAUGUGAUGAUAUGGGGGACGAUUGUUAUGAUUCCUCUAGCUUGCCUGACGACUUGUCUAUUGUAAAAGUAGAAGAUGGCAUUGAUUCUGAAAAACCUGGAAGAAGGUCCAAAAAGAUAUGGCUUGUGCCAUUUGACUUUGACAAAAUUGACAUUCCACCUCCUGACUUUGAAGUUCCAUUUCCACAGUUUAUUCUCAGCAAGGAACAACUUAAAAACAUAUACGAGAGCAGCUUGUCUAUUGGAAAUUUUGCCUCACGAUUGUUAGUUCAUUUGUUUCCAGAACUCUUCACUCCUGAAAAUUUGAGGAAGCAAUAUAACUGCAGUGGUUCUCUUGGGAAAAAGCAGCUUGAUCCCAUUCGUGUAAAGCUUAUCAGACAUUAUGUACAAAUACUAUACCCAAGAGCAAAAAACGAUCGAGUUUGGACAUUAGAAUUUGUGGGGAAGCUGGAUGAGAGGUGUCGCCGUAGGGAUACUGAGCAGAGGCGCUCUUACCAGCAGCAGAGGAAGGUUUAUGUGCCUGUGCCAGAGAGGAGAGACUUUGUACCUUUUGGGAUAAACCCAGAAAGAUUUAGAGAUCUCAUUGAUGGACCACCCUUGCCUCCAGAACGCAGCUCAAAAGACUUUUGUAAAAUACCUUUGGAUAAGAUUGUUGUCCCUUCACCUGAAUUUCCAGUGCCUUCUAUAUAUCUCCUGAAUGAUAAAGAAAUCAGGGACAUAGUACAGCAGAGCCUCUCUGUUGGAAACUUUGCUGCCAGGCUGCUAGUGAGACUCUUUCCCGAGCUCUUUACCCCAGAAAAUCUUAGGCUGCAGUACAAUCACUCUGGUGCUUGCAACAAAAAGCAGCUCGAUCCUAUAAGACUUAGGCUGAUACGGCACUAUGUAGAGGCUGUUUACCCUGUGGACAAGAUGGAAGAAGUAUGGCAUUAUGAAUGUAUUCCAAGUAUUGAUGAAAGAUGUCGGAGGCCAAAUAGAAAGAAAUGUGAUAUACUUAAAAAAGCUAAGAAAGCAAAAAAGAAUACCUGAUCAAACAUUAGUAAAUUAUUAGCGUGUAGUAGACAGGUAAAUAGUGUUACAUUUUUCUAGUUCCUUUCUCACAAAAUGUGUGUAUAUAGUAUGCAGAAAUGUGAGACUGACUGCAAAUUUGCACUCAUCUGGGAAAACAUCCCAUAUUAUUCACUGGUAAUGUUUAUUGUUGUAUUACUCAGGACUUCCUGAGCGACCUUUUUUUUAAAAAAAUGUAAAUCUUUAUAUUUUAAUGCAAAAUGCUUUCAUCAUUUCUGUGUUUUUUUCUUCCACCCCCAAAAAUGGUCAUAAAAUAUUUAUUUACUUCAGGUAAAUAAAAAACUUUAGGUCAGUCUCAUCUGGUGCACACAU